AUGAAUCGUUUAGACGAAGCAGUUGGGACGACUCCUAAAGCGCGUAAGGCCAAGCAGGGUGAUGCACCUGCGAAGGAUUCUAUUACCAAAUCCGGUCGAAAGAUCAAACGUCCGGCGCAUCUAGACACUGUCGAAAGCGCAGCGAGUGAAGCCGAUGCACAGAGGGAAAAACCUACUGCUGAAACGGGUGCAGCUACUCCCGGAAAGCGAGCACUGUUAAAACAGGAAACUCCGCAAAAAGAUGCAACGAACUCACGUAAGGCCACGGGGCUUAAUAGGACGGCGGAUGUUUCCGCCCCGCACACUCCUAAGCGAGAAAACGAGAACUUGCGAAAUGCCGCUGAGGAUAGUCCUGGUAUUUCGAAAUCCGGGCGUAAGAUUAAAAUCCCUCAUAAAUUGAUGGAAUUCGAAAGUGAAAUUCUAUCCAGUCCUCGUAAAUCCCUCGCACCAAGGCAGGAAGCUGCCUCCAAUAACUCAAUUAAAAAACCACGCGGGCGACCACUGAAAUCAGCUACAAAGCAAACGGCACGAGACGAAAUCGAGCAAGCAGAUGACUCUUUGCUGCUAGUGGAAGAAAGUGUUGCUACUAAGAAAACUCCAGCACGUCGCCCAAAGUCUGUGGCACCGUCGGAAAUCGAGCAAUCCGAUGAAUCUUUGCUGCUAAAGGAAAGUGUUGCUACCAAAAAAACUCCAGCACGUCGCCCAAAGUCUGUAGCACCAUCGGAAAUCGAACAAUCCGUUGACUCUUUGCUGCUAAAGGAAAGUGUUGCUACUAAGAAAACUCCAGCACGUCGCCCAAAGUCUGUGGCACCGUCGGAAAACGAGCAAUCAGAUGACUCUUUGCUGCCAAAGGAAAAUGUUGCUACGAAAAAAACUCCAGCACGUCGUCCAAAGUCCGUGGCACCAUCUGCUUCCGGUCCGGAGGAAGAAGCCGAAAGGCCAGAACUGCAGAAAACACAGGGACGCCGUGCUAUGUCUGGGUUAAAAGCACCGGCAAAUGAACCAAUGCAGGAAUCCAAGAGUGCAGUUAAAGCGGCUCGUGUCCCGGUUCGUAAGCUUGGUCGAGUGGACAACCCAGCUGCACAAAGUGGAGAUGAAAUGUCUAGCGAUGAGCCCAAACUGUCUGUGGAUGAACCGUUGUCUCGAUCAGGAAGGAAGAUAAAAGUGAAGAAAAUUUUCGGUGCCGAAGAGGAACCAUUAUCACCGCGAGUAAAUGUCAACAUAAAGGAGCACGAAACCCCUCACGGUGGCAGGAAACGCAAAGCAGACACCACUGAUGAUGAACAGUUGUCGUUAAAGUCUCCUUCGAAGAAAAAGACCACCGGAGAAAACGCUAUCCCAGAGCAAUCGGGCCAAACCUCAAAUAUGAAUAAUCGUGUGGCGUUGGGCAGCUCUCCUGGCGAUAAUCAAAAUACGCCAUCAACGGUUGGCACUGAUGAUACGGUCGUUUCACGCUCGGGUAGAAAAAUAAAACCGAAAAAAAUGUUCGGAUAUGAAGACGGUGAAUCUUCACCGGUCGUGCAUGUUACGGGUUCCUCGUCGGCGGCUUUUGAACCAACCGACGGUAUUCAGGCCAAGGAAAAGAAAACAGUAACGACACCAGUCAAAACCGUCAUCAAAAUGCCUGUGAAAGUUGUAAGCGACUUGGGUGUUAAAAAAGGAACCGAACACAGCCCAACAACUCCCAAAGCAUCUGUAGCGAAAAUGAUUGCAACACCGAGCCAUCCUAUUAUCACUAAACGUAGUGUGGAUAACCAUCACCAUCGGCAGUUAAUUUUGGCUCCAUCGGCGCCAAUCGACGAACCGGAUCGCGCCAUGGCGGGAAAUAUGAAUGAUCAAGCGGUAAUAAUCCGUACGUCGAUUGGGUUUGGUCGUCCAACGGCGACGAUGAAAAAGGUUGACACUAGCCUGCAGAGUGCAGAAUCGACGAAAGAGAAGAAUUCUCCAAAAUCCACGCAGCAGACACCCAGUAGCCGAUCGGGACGAAAGAUUAAGCCUAAAAAGUUUUUCGAUACGGAUGAAACCGUGACUUCUCCUGCACGGCUAGCAAAGGAAAGCAAACCGAUGGAGGCAGAACUGUUGAACACACCGCCAAUAAAAGUUUCCACCGUUGGUUCCAAUGCUCUUGCUAAGAAAGCGGCAUCACCUGCUGGUCUCAUUGUGGUUGCAAAUGAACCAUCGCAAACGACAACUAUCGUUGAAGAAGUUGCGAUUGAGCAGGCAGCUGAAGCCGAUGAAGGAAUGGAUAUUGCGGAAGGUCCUGUAAAGCUACCGGAAGCAGACGAACCGAUGUCAAAUGUUACCGUGCAGGACCAGGAAGCAACAGAAGCAGCAACUCCUGCUGCUACUUCGACCGAAGAAAAAAUAGAUGAUCUGCCUUGUGCCGACCUGGUUAUGGAUAGUAUGGAACAAGAUUCGACAGAUAUCCUCAAGUGUGAUGAGGCUACCGGUGAAGUUAACGUAAUUGUUCCGUCAGAACUCAUGGAAGACACCGCCGGACCGAGCAUGUUGGUGGAUACAGCACAAACGGGUUCCUCUGUAUUAGAGGCGGGUAUACCGUCAACCCAGGAACUCCACCUAAAACCGAUAGCAAGUGAUUUGGUCAGCAGUACCCUAGACGGUGAUGAUCAGGGCUUCAACUUCGACGGUGAAAGCACAAUUGCAGAGCUUAAAGUGGACGACGACGAUGAGCUGCAGGAGACGUCUUAUGGUAGCAUCGAGUACUUGGAGGAAGAGGUGGGCAACAUUGUUGAACAUCUUCGCAAACCAGCGGAUCACGAUGAUCAUGUAAUACCCACGAUCACUAUCAUACCGGAAACUCCGGCUGCGAAUAAGCCGUGGGAUUUAAAUCAAACGUUUUCACCGGUAAAAUCGAACCCAAACACAUCGACCACGUCCAGCGUGCCUGUCAUUGACAUCACAUCCGAUACGCCUCGCCCAGCGGUAGGUGCUGCAGCACCGCGAACACCCGAAUCGAAAUCGGCCACACGGCGCCAGAGUAGUGACAAAUGUUCUCCCGAUAAACCACCGGAAGUUAUCGAGAUCUUAGACAGCCCGGCAGUGGCAGCAUUUUGCAAGCAGAUCAACGACGUGAUCGCCAUGGAGGGUGGAACCGGUGGCAGCGCUUCCAGUACGCCCUUGCCAGUGAAACCGAUACUGGCGGUUCAGGCUAGCAAGCCGCCAUCGAACGAUAUCCCGUUCGAGGGUCGUAAACGGUCACUUUCGGCUAGCGCGGCCGACACGACCAUGAAGCGGAAUGUCACGUUCCACAGUCCCGCCAAUUGUACCGUGUUUGUUGAUACGAUCGACGAACGCUUGAUGCUAAAGGGUCUUCAACAGCAGCAACAGCAGGAGCACGAAUCGAAGGAUGCUCACCUGCUCAGUACGGCGGAAAAAGUGCGCAAACCCCGGAAGCGCUCGCUAUCCGAACAUAAGCCAACCGAGGGCCACAAACCAAGCAAGAUUAGCAAGAUUCCAAACUUUAAGAACAUACACGAGCAGCACUUCAAAAACAUGGAAUCUAUUGCCGACUUCAUGAAGCGCAAGGAGAAGCGAGCGAAAAACAUCCUUUCGUCGGCCAGCCCCGCGACGAAGAUGCUCUCACGGGCCGUUACGGAACGAGCGGGAAUGGCCACAGAAACAUUGACGGAAAAGAAAGGGCCCGUCGGGGUGCCUACGAAACCAUUCGUCUUUAAAUUCGGUGGCGGUGCAGUUCCCGCACCGAAAACGGUCCUAUUCUCCAAGAAAGCCUCGACGGCUAGCCACCCACAGGUGGUGAAGGAUACCGACACAACCGGACGUUCCGGUGCGGCGACAGAGUCCGUGGCAGCUUCUAGUGUUGCCAAAAAACCCAUCCCAAGCGAUACCGAGCGGAUGGCGUACCGGUUGAAGCAGUUCCAGGCUACGUACAAAUCGAAACAGCAGGUCACGGCGAGUGACACCGACACUGUACCGGGUAAUACCGUUGAUACGGCAACAACUAAACCAACCGACGAACACCCGGUGCAGAAGCUGCGCGCGAAACAGCUAAAGAUUAUUAAGGGCGUUCGAACGAACCGGCGAUUUGAGCUGCAAAUGAAGCAUCGGGAUAAUCUUCAGCAUCAGUAGAAGGGGCCUUGAACGUGACACCGAAAGCAGCUUGUUUUACUUUCUCGUCGGGUUUGUUCACUGCUUUAUGUCCGGUUUUUAUUGCACACGUUAAGUAAGAUAUUACCCGUUUAUGUUCUUCGAGUACUGCUCGCCAGAGAAAGCGGGAGCUCAAUUUUAUUUCCUUUACAAGUUAACAUCAUUUACUAUACUAUAUAUUAUAUAUCUUACAUAUCCCGUUGAAACUACU